AUGUACUCAGAGAUUGAUCAUGAAAUGCUGCAAUUCCCACCAAGACCACUAGUAAUGGAGAGAAGGUGGAAGUCCAACGUUGAGGUGGCUCCCAAUUGCCCUAGGUGUGCCUCCCCAAACACCAAGUUCUGCUACUACAACAACUACAGCUUAUCACAACCCAGAUACUUCUGCAAAGGCUGCAGGAGGUACUGGACCAAAGGUGGGUCCCUCCGGAACGUCCCGGUCGGCGGCGGCUGCCGAAAGAGCCGCCGGUCAAAGGCGGCUUCUCGGCCGUCGCUUGAUGACCGGGCGCUGUCCAGCAUUAAUUCCCUCGAUACCUCCCCAAGCCCGCCCAGGUCACCCACGGGUGGGCCUAAAGGGUCGGGCAUUGAUCUCGCCGAGGUUUUCGCCAAGUACUUGAACCCGAAUUCGAGUAACGGGUCGGGCUUAACGGGUCCUUCGGUUCAAGUUAUCGAAGAAUCCGAUCCGUUUCUUUCGGGGAUUUCACCGAGUUUUACGGUAAGCGAUCGGAAUCCAGAAGAAGAGCGGGUUCAGGAGUUCUCGGGUCAUGAUCCCAUUUGUUUCGGGUUGGAUGAUAUGGCUAGUGAUGAAUUAGAUCAAGAGCUUUUGUGGUCCGAGGCUGCCACAACUAGUACUUUACCAAAUUUCGAGUGGCAACCGAUGGCGGAGAUGCAAGAUUUCGGAUCAUUUUCAACCGUUGAUGAUCCGUCGAAGAUUUCUCCAAAUAUUAUUGGGGAUAAUUGGAGCUUUUUCGAUCUAUCCGCCUACGUAUGA